AUUUGAAUUUUGUUAUCCGCAGAUAAACUAUGUCUGUUCCAGCUGAUGAAACUGCAGGAGACCUACCUGUGAGAGAGAGAGAUUUAAAUCUAGCUGGAAUCGAAGGAUUACAAGACUCAUCAGCUGCACAGAACGUAAAGGCUCGGCAGGCUGUAUCUCGGGUCAGUCGUGAGGAGCUGGAAGACCGAUUCCUGCGGUUACAUGAUGAAAACAUUUUACUUAAACAACAUGCACGAAAGCAAGAGGAUAAAAUUAAAAGAAUGGCCACCAAGUUAAUACGGCUCGUUAAUGACAAGAAAAGGGCUGAGCAGGUUGGUGGCGGCCCCAAGCGGCUAGGCCAGGAUGUGGAACUGGAAGAAAUGAUUGAGCAGCUCCAAGAGAAAGUUCGUAAGCUUGAGAAACAAAAUGAGGGCAUCCGCAACAAACUCAUUUCAGCCAAACAGCAGCUUCAAGUUCAAGGCCAUCGGCACGCACCAUAUAGCUAUGUUCAAUCUCGCAUUAAUACUGGUCUCAAAAAAGUGAAUGAAACUGUUGGUAUCCAAGACCAUGCCAGGAAAGGAAUGAGAUUUCAAGAUUUAGAACUAAGAUCCCCUCAACCCAUACUCCCAAGAUAUGGACACAGUUUGCUUGAAGAAGCAAGGGCUGAGAGAAGAAAUCUGGAGAAUGUAAUAGAGUCACAAAGGGGACAUAUUGCAGAAUUAGAACACACUGGUGAGAUGCUCAGGAAUCAGCUAAAGAAGAAAGAAACAGAGUUUGAAGAGUCCCUUCUACAGCUGAAGGAGCAACAAGCAACAGGUCAAAGGUUAAACAUUCAGGACAAUGUGGAAAUGAUCAAGCUGAACAAACAGUUGGUUGAGAGAGGCAAUACUCUCACAGCAAUGAAAGGAAAAUUUCUCCAGCUUCAAGAGAAUCAAAGGAAACUUAAGGUCAGCCAUGAUGCUUUAAUGGCAAAUGGAGAUCAGCUUAAUCUACAGCUUAAAGAACAACGUUUAAAGUGCUUCCAACUUGAAAAAGAAUUAAGGUCAAUGACUUUUUCAAAAUGUAGGAUAGAAGAGUUGCAGGAAAGAAUUAAUGACCUGGAAAAGGAGAGGGAUCUUUUGAAGGAAAACUAUGAAAAGCUAUAUAACAGUGUCUUCAGUGUGACCCAUGAACAGCAGUGGAAAUUAAAGGAACAGCAACUGAAACUGCAGAUUACUCAGCUUGAGACAGCUUUAAAGUCUGAUUUAGCGGACAAGAAUGAAAUUCUUGACAGAAUUAAAGUAGAAAGAGACCAAAAUGAGAAAUUGACUCAAGAGAACAAAGAACUACAUUUGCGUUAUCUAGAGCAUAAGGAACAACUAGACGAACUGAAAAAUCGCAUGAAGUUUUUCACCAAGGAGAAUGAUAUCGAUGUGUCAGAACUCAGUGAAGCCCUAAUGCUUACAAAGGCUCGUAAGCAACAGCAGGAUGGAGACUUAACAUUUUUAGAGAAAGUAGAAGAUGACAUCCAUAGAGACUUGGAACGCUCUCUCCAGGAGCUUCAGGCAACACAUGCGGAAACAGUGCAAGAACUUGAAAAAACACGGAAUAUGUUAAUCAUACAGCAUAAAAUUAACCGGGAUUAUCAGGCUGAAGUUGAAGCAGUGACCCAGAAGAUGGAAGGUCUACAACAAGAUUAUGAUUCAAAACUGAAACAGUAUGUCCAUCUCCUUGAUAUCAGGGCUGCACGGAUCCAAAAAUUAGAGGCCCAACUAAAGGAUAUUGCCUAUGGUACCAAACAGUACAAGUUCAGAUCAGAAAUCUUGUCAGAUGAUCCAGUAGAUGAAUUUGAUGAAACUGUCCACUUAGAAAGAGGAGAGAACCUAUUUGAAAUUCACAUUUGUAAAGUGAUUUUUUCUACUGAAGCUGUGCAGGCGUUUGGUGAUCAAGAACCUGCAACUUUCUGUACCUAUGCAUUCUAUGAUUUUGAACUACAUGCAACUCCAGUAGUGCGUGGUCUUAAUCCAUCCUAUGGCUUCACUUCUCAGUAUCUUUUGAGGAUUGAUGACUUCUUUUUGCAGUACCUACAGACAAGUACUGUAACUCUCGAGGUUCACCAUGCCUGUGGCACAGAUUACAAAACAGUUGCUGCCUGUCAGUUGACAUUCCAUGGAAUCUUAGAAAAUAAUAGCAGGAUUUAUAGUACAGCAAUGCUAAUUGGAAUUGGAGGGGGCAUCCAAAACUAUGGCAUUGUGGAAUACUGGAUAAGAUUACGUGUUCCUAUGGAUCAGACUAUUCGACUCUAUAAAGAACGAUCAAAAGCUCUAGGAUACAUAACAUCCAAUGUAAGGGAAUGUAAACAAAUGCCAGAGUUAAAGCAGCCAGUACUCAGAACUGCCCAAGUCAGCGCUUCAGCAGAUGGCAAUUUAAAUGAACUCCAUAUUACAGUAAAAUGUUGUGACAAUCUACAGUCCCGAAAAAACGACCUUCAGCCAAGUCCUUACGUUGUCUACAAGUUCUUUGACUUUGCAGACCAUGAUACUCCCAUCAUAUGCAGCAGCAACAACCCACAGUUAGACGAUCACAUGCAUUUCCCAGUGCCAAUGAAUGCAGAUUUAGACCGAUACCUUAAAUCAGAGUCCUUGACCUUUUAUGUGUUUGAUGAUGAUGAAAAGGAAGAAAGUGUUUAUAUAGGGAAAGCCAGUGUGCCUCUUAUUUCAUUAGCGCAUGACAGAUGCAUCUCAGGUACAUUUGAAUUAAUAAAUUGUGAAAAGCACUCAACAGGUACCAUUGAUGUUGAACUAAAAUGGAGAUUUGCCUAUCUACCACCAAGUGGAACAGCAAUCCCUGCAGACCUAGCAAAUUACAUCCAAAAUGAGAAAUCAAUGGAGACUAAAUCACCAGUGAUGGAGGAAGUUCAGACUCCAGCCCUGAUCACUUCUUUUAAUAGAUCAGCAGCAACACCAAAGCCUAAACCAAGGCAGCGCACAGCUCAAGCUGGCAAGAAAGUAUCUUUCAUGGAUGCCAAUACAUUACAGAUUCCAGGUUCUGUUGCUGAUGAAGAUGAUAACAGAAUUGCACAGAAGAUUAAGGCUGAUGCAUCUGUUGUUUCAGAUACUUCAGAGGUUAUGCAAGAAAGAUUGGCAGAUGAUGAAGGAAAGGAGACUGCUGAAGAAAUUCUGCAGCAAAAAGAUGAUCUCUCUCAUCUGUCUGAGGGUCAGUUUGCUGACCACAGUUCAGCUACCUCUGAAGAUGAAACAGAAAUAACUGAGGAAUUGGAACCAGAAGAUCAAGACGAUAGACAAGCAACUGAUGCCAUCGAAUCCAUAAUAACUGACAGUGAUGAUUGUAUUGUUCCAAGCCCAUUGUCCAAGAGCAUCAAACAGCCAUCUGCAAAGAUUCGUAUUGAGGUUGUAUCCCUCAGUCUUGCUGAUUCCCGAGUUUCAAUGGAUGAGACAAUACAACGGCUGUUCGUAGAAUGGAGAUUCUACAGUUUCCCAGCAGAGGAGACUCCAGUGUCACUUCCAAAACCAAGAAGUGGACAGUGGAUUCACUAUAAUUACAGCAGUGUGAUGUACGUAGAUAAGGAAAAUAAUCACACAAGGAGAGAAUACCUGAAGUCUAUACUUCAAGGACCAGAGUUGAACAUUGGCAGCAUACGAUUUACAGUGGUUAGUGAGCCCCCAGAAGAUGAACAAGAGCUAGAAUGUGAAGAUAUUGGCUUUGCAUAUGUUAGCCUAAGAGAGAUAUUUCAGAAAGAAAAAGACAUUAUUGAGCAAGAUAUUGAUGUUUUCGAUUCGCAGGAUGAUAGUGCAGUAAUUGGAAAGCUCAAAGUAACAGUGGAGGCCCUCCAUGCUCUGCGUUCAGUCCGUGAGGAAUGCAGAGAUGACUAGGAGGCAUGAAAGGGAAGUGUGCCUACAGAAGCUUCUUCUCCCAAUGAAAUACAUGCUUGAUAACGCUUCAAAAAUCAGAUCUUUGUAAUUACUAUAGUACAUUUAAUGUAUAAUUUAUAUGAAAAAGAUGCUUGAUUUGUAGUUGUAAAGUUUUGUAUACUUUUCAGUCUGUUUGUUUUUAUAUUUCCCCCCUAAGGCUAAGAAUCUCUGCACAAUGGACAACAGAUUCUAAAUAAUUAAUACCUACAUGAUUGAACGAUGUGCUUUAUUUUGCAUUUUCAACAUUUUUCCUACAUGAAAUAGUAAUAAAAAUGCAAGUCAAAUUUUUAAUUUUUAAUAAAAAAAGCAUAAGCCUUAGAAAACUGAUUAAAAAUACUUUUAUGUUAUCCCUAAUCACCCUACUAAAUGGAAUGGCUGUGAUUAGCCUCAUUAAGAAUUUUAUACUGUGAAGAUUUUAUUAGAAGCAAUAUAUGAAAAUUACUUGGAUUAAUGUGUUAAUCUGCCUCUUUAAAAUGCUAAUAUCCAUUUUAUGCACAUUAAAUCUCAGUAUGCAUUUUCUUUGAUGCAUGCAGUUUCUAUCAAUUAAAUAUAAAGAAUGAGGCUACUUGCAAGACUUAUUUAAUUACUGCAACCUUUUUAAAAAUAACUUUUGCCCUUCCAGUAACAUUAUAAUCAGUUGUUUGUGAUUAUCAUGAUUUGAAGAAGUGCGUGGGUAGUUGCAACCAUUUUUGUCUACAGUAAAAGAGAUUUACAUUUUCAACCAACAGCUAUCAAAGCACAGAAAGAAGAUAUAAAAGAAUCAAUCAGAUUCUGUUCCGCUUAGUGUGAGCUGUAGGGACAGGCAAGUGAUUUUUUUGAUCACUUUUAGAACUUACAUCAAACAUACAAUGUUUCGUUGUAUCUGGAUAACCAGUGGGGAGAAAGCAGCUUGGAAAGUUAAUUUUCUAGCUUUUAACCAAUCUCAAUGAAGGAUUUAAUUGAUAUUUUUAAUGGAGCUAUGAAUCAAUGCCGCAUAAGAAUUCUCUCUCGAGAACCAGGAUAUAAUGCAUUUCAUUUUUUUAAUUUACUUUUUUAUUUGUCAUUUUCUUCAAAGGAUCUUAUAGGCUAUGGGUUUUCACUGUUUGCAAACAGACUAUGUUUCUUCAUAAGCAUAUGUAAAGUAUUCAGAGAGAUAAGUAAUUUAUUAAAAUCUACCUAAUUUGCCGUGAUAUAUUAAAUCUCUGCUUCACUGAUCACAGACCAUUUCAUUUAGAGAAUUAGGCAUUCCCUCUUUGUGUGAUUAAAGCUCUGGAAAAUGAGUUCUUUGCUCCUAUUUGUGAACAUUCAAAGCCUGCUAAUGGCAAGAAGAUGGAAUAGAUUAUGAGACAAUUCAUUACAGUUCAACAGCAAAAAAGCAGCUAUAAUGCAAAAAUGCAAGUAUGAAUAUCUGCAUAUAGUUUGAACCAUCUGUGCUCUAAUGGCUUCAAUAGCGGCUCUUCGUCUUCAGUGGGCUUUGAAAUGACA